AUCCUUCUCUUCCAGACACCGAAUACACAUGGUGUUCGGGAGGACUUCACUACCCGGGAGGAGAAAGAAGGGAAGGGAGAGUCGACAGAAGGGAAGAGGAAAGAAAACCAGAGCGCGCGAAAGGAAAGGGGGAAUGGAGAUACCUGAGGUGACCCUUAACUCCGGCCAUCGGAUGCCCCUGGUCGGCAUGGGGACAGCCGCGCACCCAUUCGUCGCAACUGCGGCCAUGAAAUCGGCCGUGAUCGAUGCAAUAGAAUCCGGGUACCGCCAUUUCGACUCGGCCGCCAUUUACCAAUCUGAGGAGCCGCUGGGCGAGGUUCUGACUCAGGCGCUGGGCUCCGGCCUGCUGGCCGGCCGAGAACACUUCUUUGUCACGUCCAAGCUCUGGUGCACCGACGCUCACCCUGACCUUGUCCUGCCUGCCCUCCGAAAAACGCUGCAAGCUCUGCAAUUGGAUUAUCUUGAUCUGUAUCUUAUUCACUGGCCUGUGAGGUUAAGGAAGUCUGAGGCAAUGUGCCUAGAAUUUCCUAAAGAUGAUAUCCUUCCUUUUGAUAUGAUUUCCACAUGGAAAGCCAUGGAAGAGUGUCAGGAGCUGGGCCUCACAAAAUCCAUUGGGGUUUGCAAUUUCUCUUGCAAGAAGCUUUCUCAGCUGUUAGCAGCAGCUACCAUUCCACCUUCAGUAAAUCAGGUGGAAAUGCACCCUCUUUGGAAUCAAAGCAAGCUGAGGCAAUUCUGUGCGGAGAAGGGCGUUCAUGUGAGUGCAUAUUCUCCUCUGGGAGGGAAAGGAGCUCUUUGGGGUUCCAAUGCAGUUAUGGACAACAAAGAACUUCAGCAGAUAGCUGAAGCUAGAGGAAAAAGUGUUGCUCAGGUUUGUUUGAAGUGGGGACUUCAACAAGGUGUGAGCCUCAUGGUGAAAAGCUUCAAUAAGGAAAGGUUAAAGGAAAACCUUGACAUCUUCGAUUGGCAUCUUAGUCAGGAAGAGAUGCAAACGAUCAACUGUCUCCCACAGCGAAGAAUAUUCCCCUGCGACAUUUUCAUAUCUCCAGAUGGGCCGUACAAAACGAUAGAGGAGCUUUGGGAUGAGGACUAGUUAACCCUCAUAAGAUGUCACUGCUUUUCUCUCUAUUGGAAGGAAGAGACUCCCAAAGGUGCAGAAACACCAGGAAUAAUGUGUCUUUGUCAACUACUCUUAUAAUUCGUAGCUUCCUUCUGAGCUGUUUAUAACAACUCAGAUUCUGCGUUUCAAUUUGCCAGGACGGUGCUGUUAAUGCAUUUGCCAAAUUGUA